AUGGAUAUGUCAGUGGCGAACCAAUUGGGAAUAUCUCCAGCGGAAGCAAAGGAUAAUAAGAGGUUUGAGUCAGCAGACGAAGUUGGUUACUAUUUCAGGAAGCGCCUUCGCACAGCCGAGCAAACUUUGGAGAACUCAACGGUUGCAACUUCCGAGACAUUAAAAAGAUUCCUCGAAUCAAUUGAGAUAUACAAUCGAGUUUCUCUCAGACGAUUCCUCGAACAAUCUGGCUUAAGCACCAGCUCAGGUUCAGCUUAUACAGAGUUCAAGCAAAAAUAUGAUCCCUUGCCUGUGAAUCAGGUCCUGUAUCUCAUCGACGAGGAGUUUCUGGUUAGGAAUGAUCGCCAUGCUACCAACCCCUAUGCACCUCCGCCGCCCGCCAAAAGGAUCGAGAUAAUGAUGAGUGCAAUCCUCUGGGCAGACCAACUUUACCCUUCGUGUCGAAGCUUGGACUGGAAAUCUGGUUUUUUGGAUUUUCCAUGCGUUUCCCUCAUGGAAUAUCUCAACUGGCUUGGACAGAUUAAUCAGCGCAAGUUGUUGGCGGGAGACGAAAUGAACGAUCGUGACGAGUAUAUCUUGGAAAGACUUUGGCACUGGUUCGAAACGCAUGAUCAGAGACCAAUCAGGUUGUCAUUUGCUAUGGCCCGUCACGGGAUGGUGAGAGACGUCUUGCAAGAGCUAGGCGUUUUGCGGGACAUUAUUGCGGAAUUGGGUGAAUUGAAUAAUGGACCCCAGUAG